UCGAAGUACGUCAAAUGACAUAACGUGAAGAAAAGCAAAAGUAAUAAUUUUCCUGCCACUUGAACUCAUUUCGCAGUGAAAAAAGGAGCUUAUCUUUCUAAAAAUGGCUUAUUACAAAUCCAUCAAGGCCCGGAAGGCGCCGGAGUAUAAACUGGGCGAACGAAACUUGGAUAUUAAGGCCGAUUUGAAAUUUAUAGACCGACUUCUGGAGGACAUGAAACUGAAGGUCGAGCCGGGAUUGCGCGGCUUAAUUCUGGAUAUCGCUUACACUUUGGCCAGGGAUAAACUCGUGGAGGCUGCACGCUUCUCUAAGUUCUCCAAUCGCACCAAUAUCACCAUUGAAGACCUGAAAAUGACGAACUUGGAGAAAUUGGAUGAUCUGAAGACCCCGGUGCAGGGUCUGAAGAAUACGGAUGUUAAUCAGGAAAUUCUACCCAAGCCGUGCGCGGAAAAGGGACUCAUGCUGCCCAACUGGCGCAACUGUCAGGUGGGAGGGAUUCCCGAGAAACCUAAACCACAGAUGAUGCAAAUACCAAGGGCUUUUCAUACUCGUCCAGCCAUAGUGCGUCGUCCUCCAAGGGGCCAAAAUGUAGCAUCGGUGUCUGCGAUGGGAAAAACUACUGGACCUCGUAUUAAAGUGGUUCCAUCAACAUCUAAAGCUGCUGCAAAUGUGCGAACUGUCACUGUGAGGGCUGUACCUGCGAAGCCUGUACCUAUGAAGGCUGUACCUCCGAAGCCUGUACCUGUGAAGGCUGUACCUGUGAAGACUGUACCUGCGAAGGCUGUACCUGCGAAGGCUGUAUCUGCAAAGCCUGCCCCUAUUAUGCCUGUACCUAUGAAGGGUUUACCUAUGAAGGGUUUACCUAUGAAUGCUAUACCUAUGAAGGGUAUACCUAUGAAGCCUGUACCUAUGAAGCCUGUACCUAUGAUGUCUGUACCUAUAAAGGCUAUACCUAUGAAGCCUGUACCUAUGAAGCCCGUACCUAUGAAGCCCGUACCUAUGAAGCCUGUACCUAUGAAGCCCGUACCUAUGAUGCCUUUACCUAUGAAGCCUGUACCUAUGAUGCCUGUACCUAUGAUGCCUUUACCUAUGAAGGCUGUACCUAUGAAGGGUAUACCUAUGAAGGGUAUACCUAUGAAGGGUAUACCUAUGAAGGGUAUACCUAUGAAGGCUAUACCUAUGAAGGGUAUACCUAUGAAGGGUAUACCUAUGAAGGCUAUACCUAUGAAGGGUAUACCUAUGAAGGAUGUACCUAUGAAGGCUAUACCUAUGAAGACUGUACCUGUAAAGCCAGAAGCUUCGAAGAUUUCUCCUAGCUCUUCACCAAUCCCUAAGAAGUCACGACUUAACUAAGAAACAAAUAUACAAAUUGGAUUCAGAAAAAACAAUACAUAUUAAAAACAUUAUGCACAUGACCCCCACCAAACCCCAGCAAAAUACGCCACUGAAACACCAAAUAAAUAUAUU